CGAUGACCGCUCGUAGUCGCGCAAUCGAAGCAGAAUCUGAACGCGCUUCGAGCGCUGCUAGUAGCGCUGUCAGCGCUGCGGGAAGCGGAGCGCCGCGCGUGUUGGGGCCGACCUCUGGGCUCCCGCGCGCUGUGGGGACACCACGACCACGCCAUCGCCAGGAUCUACCACAUCGCGGACAGCAUUCGUAUACAGGAACCGGGACCAGAAAUAGUGCCUAAACUUCACGAUUUGCCUGAGGAGUGUAUCAGGGAGGUCAUGUUGAGGAUAUCGGAUCACAGGGAUUUAGAUGCCGCGUCGUCAGCGUGGUCGGUGAUGUCGUCGGUGUGCUCGGAGCAGCGCGUGUGGCGCGAGCUCGUCGCGUUCCACUUCACACGGCAACAGAUCGACUCGCUGCACAAAGAUAGCAAGGAUGUUGACUGGAAGAAAGUCUUCCAUCAGCUUCGAAAACUAUAUGGACUGAGAGAAGACGCCCAAUACGCUGAGACUUUAUCUUUGUGCCGUCACUGCAAGUGCCUGUUCUGGCGAUCUCUUGGUCACCCUUGCAUAGCUGACCAGUGUCCAGAAUACCGCGAACGACUGAAGGAGGCAGGCGGGCCUCUCCCUCCUCACCCCGUGCCUCCGGCAGCUUUCCUUAAAUUUUUCUCUCUCUAAAUAUAUAAUUAAAUAUCAAGCCUAUUAUGUUUAAGGCCAUGACUUUGUUGAAACAAUUAAAGUUAUUAAAAUUACAACAAUGGCUGCCAUCACAGUAUACUUAGUGUCUAGAGAAGUUAUAAAAAUACAUCUUUGAUAAACAUUUCAGUAUGCCAAUAAAAUGUCCAUCUGUUCUAGACGCGUUUUUAAAUAGCUUUUUUGUUUAUUGUAGUAUGUACCUAUAUCUACAAUUAUUAAUUAUACAUACAAUUUUA